CAGUCUGCUAUCAGCGCUCGCAGACUCCAAUGGAAAAACGAAGAGGCGCGUGUUUCACAGCCCUGCCUGAACGCAAAACGUGGGGAGAAAAGUGGAAAAGUUGGCACUCUUUCUGAUCAAAUUGCACCUCACCGAGACUUCAUCUGUUCUCAAGAGGAGGUGAAAAAAGAAAAGAAAGCGCACUCUGAACCUGCCGUCUGGCUUGGAUUAUUUCUGCUGCGGUUGCCAGAUUUCGGGGAAUACUUUUAUAUGGCACACGCUAAUAUCCGGGCAGAUACAUGAUAUCCGUCCGUGCAUCGUCCGCACGGAGCUCUACAUCCGUCCAGCUAUCAGCAAUCCCAACUCUAGCAGGUCCCCGCAGACCUAAGCGGUCUUUACACCGGUUUCCUACAAUACAGAAUCGUGUUUUCUUAUCACCGCUGGAGGACACGCUCAACUAUGUUUGGCUGUGGUAAAGUUUUUGGGUCGCCCCGGAUUCUCAACAGAUCUACUGCUGUUCCCGGAGACUCAGGAUUAAGACAUAUAAUCAGAAACAGCGCAGGCUCAUCCUACGGUCCCCGUGCGUCCUCGCGGUUGUGUUGCGCUCUCCUGUUUCUCCUGCUCAUCCUCACACCGCGCGUGGACUCGUCCUGGUGGUAUAUUGGAGCCCUUGGUGCCCGUGUGAUCUGUGACAAUAUUCCCGGGCUGGUGAAUAAACAGAGGCAGUUGUGUCAGAAGUAUCCCGACAUCAUGCAGUCGAUUGGGGGCGGGGCUAAAGAGUGGAUUCGAGAGUGCCAGCAUCAAUUCCGUCAUCACCGCUGGAACUGCAGCACACUGGACAGAGACCAUACCGUUUUUGGGAGAGUCAUACAGCGCAGCAGUCGUGAGGCGGCGUUCGUAUAUGCAAUCUCCUCAGCGGGAGUGGUUUUCGCCAUUACCCGCGCCUGCAGUCAGGGGGAGCUAAAGAUAUGUAACUGUGACCCCCACAAGCACGGCCGGGCAAGUGACGAACGAGGAGAGUUUGACUGGGGUGGCUGCAGUGAUAACAUCAACUAUGGGAUAAAGUUCGCCAAAGCUUUCAUAGACGCAAAAGAGCGAACUGUGAAAGACGCACGAGCACUCAUGAACCUUCAUAACAACCGCUGUGGGAGAAUGGCUGUAAAGCGGUUUAUGAAGCUGGAGUGUAAAUGUCAUGGAGUCAGUGGGUCGUGCACUCUGAGAACCUGCUGGUUGGCAAUGUCGGACUUCCGUAAAACGGGAGACUACCUUCGCAAGAAAUACAACGGAGCCAUCGAGGUCACCAUGAACCAAGAUGGGACAGGAUUCACAGUAGCCAAUAAAGACUUCAGGAAAGCCACAAAAAAUGACCUGGUGUACUUCGAAAACUCACCUGAUUACUGCGUCAUGGACAAAGCUGCAGGUUUAUUGGGUACUGCUGGUCGGGUCUGUAACAAGAUGUCCCGGGGGACCGACGGCUGCGAGGUCAUGUGUUGUGGGCGGGGCUAUGACACCACACGCAUAAAACGCAUCACCAAGUGCGAGUGUAAGUUUAAGUGGUGUUGCUCCGUCGAGUGCAAAGACUGCGAGGAGGCUGUCGACAUUCACACCUGCAAAGCUCCUAAACGUGCCGAAUGGCUGGACCAGACCUGAGACAUGGCCACUUCCCCCGUUCCUCAGGAUUUUGUCCACGGCAUUCUGGGAUAUGAACUCCAUCCCUUGCAUUUUUUUACCCUGCCCCCCAAUCCCUUGUUGCAUGGCUUUAUUUGAACUUAUUUUGUGAAAGCACUACAACUGAAAUCUACAUUUCUCA